AUGAACGCCAAUAGCUCUAGCUACUCUGUUCUUGGCCCGCGAAGACACUCUGUCGCGAAGAGCCAGAAUAUCCAUAGCCAGGGCCCCGGCCUGCGGGAGGUAAAGAGCAGCGAUGAAGUACUUGCCCAGUGUCGCAGAGGUCCCUCCCACGGUCGUCAGUUUACUGUCGCCAACGUUGGUAACAAUGGACGGUUAUAUCUACGGCCAAUCACCAACAGGUCCUACACACCGCAUACCUUGAACCCAGCACCGAGCAUACCGGAAGCAACAGCCGCUGGCCACCGGGCCAGUGUUUGGUCGAACUCACAGUUCUCAUACCUCGUUGAUCCGCCGGAUACUACCUCGCGUGGACCUGCACAGACCUACCAUCACCUCCGCCGAUGGAAAUCCUUACCUACCAUAGACGAUGUUCCGCCAAGUCCCACUCGCGGAGCGCUUAAAGUGGUCAUUGAGGGGUCAGAGCCUGCCGAAAAAACACCGCCCAAGCUGCCAGGACCAGCUCGUAAGCUAGAAGACUUCAGAUUCCCGGAAAGACAUGUCUCCGCCUAUCGACCAACCCCUAGGCCCCCGAGGCUAUCCUCGCCGAUAUCUAUCGGCAAGAUGGGCGGCUCCUCUGUCAACAAGUCCGUCGACAAGGGAAUAGGUCAAUCCGUCUUUUACAAGCUACAGGAACCUAUAGAGCCUUCCAUAUUUGAUGACCUGCUGCCCAUAAUGCACGAUGCUUCGGUGGCUCGGUAUUCAAAACAGACCAAACAGCUAUCCGCCGCUACUCCUGCUCGCAUUGUCGCCCAAAUAUCAUCUGAAUCGUUUAUGGACUACGAACUCGUCUCGGAUUUCUUUCUUACCUUCCGCUCCUACCUCUCGCCGAGUAAUCUACUCUCCCUCCUCCUCGCCCGUCUGGAGUGGGCUAUCAACCGCCGUGAGGAUGAUGGACGUAUUAUCCGCAUCCGAGUCUUUGCUGCUCUACGUCACUGGAUUCUGAACUACUUCGUAGAUGACUUUGUUGCCAGUGAUAGCCUGCGUGCACAGUUUUGUUUCCGUAUCAAUUCUAUGUACGAGGAUCUCAAGUACCGCAGCUCUCGUGACGUCAGUGAUACCAAAAUUAUCCUGGACCUGAAACGAUGCUGGAAUGGUCGCUGUGCGCAGUACUGGGAUGAUCCGGAGUUUGUCAGUGAUGCUCGACCAGAGGAUCCCAUUGUUCCUGGCUCCAGUAAACCGGGCUCUAGGUCUAACGGUGAUGGAUUGUGCUUCUCAUACUCAGAACUCGUUGCGCAGGAUACACCUGUUGGCCACACCCGUAAGGGCUCUUCUGCCUCCGUGAAUGACUUCCCCAAAAGCCCGCCACCUAUACAAGCCGCUUUCAACCCGACGAGCUUCAAUACCCCUUCUUCACGUCUCUCAAUGCGUGGCAACAGCGUUUCCAAUCAAGGCCGAGGAACGCAUAUUCUCCCAGACCCCAUCCCUGAACUAAACGACCCCUCCCGCCUUCCAGCCCCCCCUAGCCCACGCUCUCCAAUCUGGCGUUGGCCCCUCCACUCUCACACCCAAUCUUCACACUCUCAUAAACGCAGCGGAAGCUUUUCAGAUUCAUUCAGAGAUGACCGUGCUCCUUUACCGCAUUCACAGUCGAAUCUUAGUGUUGACGGUGGUGGAUCGGCAGCUGGAUUGGGCUCACUAGGCCAAAUUCCUAUUGAAACUCCCAAUUCCCCCAGAGGUUUCAAUUUCAGUAUCAUUCGUGGCAGUAUGCUCACUCCUCUAGAGCCCGAUGUACCAAUCACACGCCCACCUUCACCGCCACCAGACCCUUCUAUGCCUCGCAUACGGCCGCCGAGCUCUUCUUCAUUUACACCACCGGCCUCGGCGGCGGCUUCGUUUUCUCGUGCUGAGUCUCCAGCCAAGGCUCCUGCACCGGGAGUGAAAACAUUCAUUAGCUCUCUACGCCGCGUUCUUUAUAAUAAUACCUCUGGUUCUAAUAUUUCCUCUAGCGGCGCUGUGUUAAACAAACCAGAGCCGCGUCCGAUUGUUUCAGCCCAUGGGAAAACAUCUCUCCUCCCACCGAAUGUUGUCUUCGGAUCAGAUAGGUAUCGUGAAAAGAGACCCGGUAUAAAGAGCGCCUCACGAAUCGACGUGCUAUGCGAUAGGGCUUAUCAAUCUUAUACCGUGCUAGCAAACCAAACACCCUUAGCUAUCUCCACUGCUCCCCGUAGUCCGAGCCCCAAGUCCCAACCACGGGCAGAUAUACCCGCUUCAAUGCCUGUUCCUAAUUUCUCCCGUGGAGUUUCUAGCCAGAUCACGACAGGCAGCCAGUCCAUAGUCAUUGUUGAUGAUACCGGCGCCAGGGUUGGUACAAGUGGUGGCCUUUCUUUACUUCCUGAGGAAUUCCAGAUGUAUUACCCUGGCUCUGGUGAUGCUGAUCCCGAACCCGAGAUUGAUCCACUUACUCCCAUUCCAUUGCAUAUGCCUGAGAAAGACAAAUUAGGGGUCACACCCAUGCCAGCCCAGCAUGAAAAUGCUUCAACCAGUAAGCCGGCCUCCAGGCUACGCAAAUACGCAUCCUAUCAAAGUGUGCUAGGCGGCCAUGGCGGCCAACGGCCGGCUUCUGACAUGCCCAGGACCACUAAGGCUGACAUGGGGGCGUGCAGAGGCUCCUUCUUACCUGCACACACGCCUGUGGCUAGGGGCAUGCAGCUUCCAGAGAAGAGGCUUCGAAGACGCCCAGGCGGCGACUUACGCAAAAUGCAAACCACCGUGGGCUCUGAAGAACAGGGAUUGAACGUUGGCCCUGAACGUAGUCUUAAUACGUUCAGGUUUGCCUCCGGUACGACUGCAACGGACUCAACAUCCUCCGCACUGUACAUAACUCGUGCAUCCCAUAUGGAUUCUAUCUCGCACAGCGAGGACGAUGACGAUGAUUAUGAUGAAGAUGACAUCGAUUAUUCGACUUCCUCUAGUGCAUUGGAUUCACUUAGCCGUAGUGGUACGCGUUCUCAUUCUUCGCCACAACCGCCUCAUGCUAGGCAUAUCUUUGAGGAUGCGGUUGCCGGCUUUCGGAAAAUACCUGACCUGCCAGAUGGAGGUAUUGAGUCUGCUCUCCUCAAACUCGAAGGAAAAUGGAAAGAGGGCAAGGGCUCCAGGGCAAACAACGGUUCUCCUCAAGUUGACUUCCCUAGUACUGGUAGGCGGAGGUCUCGUCAAGGGAAUCCUGAUGGGUCCGCAAACAACCAAUACGUGAACAUUGAUUCAGAUGCCACUGCGUACGCUGAACCCCCAGCAGUGGGUAUCCCCAAUGGUACGGAGUCAUAUCUUGGGUCAGAUUAUUCGUACUCCUCUAUUCCGCUGUUGGAGCGUGGCUUGGGAGACGAAUCAAUGAGGACUCCCACCGUUGCGAAAUUCGACAAUCCUUCCCCCCUAGCGCAAAAUGCAACCUCUAACCAUCCGUCUAUUGAGGUUGUCGAGAAGACAGACAGCAUAAAUAGGAUUGCUCAUGGUGCAACGGCGCCAGAGCCCGUGGAUGAUAUGCAGAUACGCGACAAUGUCUCCGAGCUUUCGUCUGAACUCUCUAUAGAUGACGGACCUAGUAGGAAGGCUUCAGAUCCUACCCACCCACUCCGCGAACCGGCCGUCAUAGCCUCUUCUUUUCACCAGCCAACCUCACUACCGCCGUACCAUCAAUAUCUUGACCCGUCGUACGCAAACCAGUAUCCAGAUAUCCAACCAAACUUUCCUCGGCCUCGCAAUAACUCUCAUCCAUCCAUACCUCCCACUACCCCAACCCACUCAAGCCACUCUCUCCCUAGCUCUGGUCACAUUGCCUUUAUUCUAGCCCACGAUUCGCAGACGCUUGCUAAACAAUUCACCAUUGUCGAACAAGCUGCUCUUAGUGAAGUCGACUGGAAAGACCUUGUUGACAUGCGCUGGACGCAUUCCUGUCCAUCUCCGCUUAACUGGGUCGACUAUCUCUCCGCCGGCAUCGAUCGUAAGGGCAUAGACAUGGUCGUCGCACGCUUUAACUUGAUGGUCAAAUGGGCUGUUUCGGAAAUAGUGCUGACCAAAAAUAUCGCAGAGCGUGCUCUGGUGAUCACGAAGCUGAUUCACAUUGCUGUGAAUGCAAGAAAGCUGCGCAAUUAUGCUACCAUGUUGCAGGUCGUUAUUGCCCUAUCAUCUGUCGACUGUACGAGACUGGUGAAAACAUGGGAACGUGUGCCAGAGACCGAAAAGGAGAUACUGGCGGAAAUGGAGUCGCUGAUCCAACCAAUUCGCAACUUUCAUAAACUAAGGUCUGAAAUGGAAUCUUCCGUUCAAGACGGCUGUAUUCCUUUUGUUGGCCUUUACGUCCAAGACCUGACAUAUAACGCUCAAAAGCCAGCACAGAUCGCCAGCACUCGCGAUGGCGAACCGCUGGUCAAUUUCGAGCGCUAUCACACCGCCGCAGCCAUUGUGAAGAGCCUUCUUCGUCUUAUUGAUGCAAGCACGAAAUAUGUCUUUGAGCCCGUUCCUGGAGUCUUAGAGCGUUGCCUUUGGAUUGCUGCCCUAGCAGACGACGACAUCAAAGCGUUCAGCAAAGCGAUUGAAUAA